AGUUUACUUGCAUUUCUUUUUCUGCAAAACUUCUGCGAGAAGCUUCAUUGUGCAUCUUCUGUUCGUGAACUGCGGUAACAACUGGGGAUCUCUACAUCAACUCUUUCAAAACCGAAAUCAGGUAUUGUACCCGAACUUCUGAUUUUUGAGUUAAUCGAAGUGUCUCUCUCCUUUCUCCCUUUCUGUGAUUGGUUUAGAGUCCCCUGAAGGAAGUUAGGGUUAGAGGCGAGAAGGAUCUUGAAUGUGCAACAACGGGGUUUUUGUUUGUUUAUUUAUUUAUUUAUUUAUUUUUUAAAAGAUCCUGAUUUAUUCCUCCCCCCUACUUCGUGUAGAGUUUGAGAAAAUGUCGUCAGAAAGAACACAGAGUAUAGUAGGGAGUGAGGUGGAACCCCUGGACUAUGGGAGGAUGGACACAGAGAGUAGUCCAUCUCCAACUAGUUCGGAGGAAACAGUGGAGGGGGUGAGAGGAGAUGAAGUGGUGGAGGUUGGGGGGGGUGAGGUGGUAGAGGUUGGGGGGAAUGAGGUGAUGGGGGUUGGGGUAGAUAGCAUACCCAUCAUCGUAGUAAAAGUAGAAGGUAAUGGGGAAAGAGGUUAUGAUAGAAAUGCAGAGAUAGUGGAGGAAGUGAAGCAGUACCGAUCUGAACUAAGGACCAGGGAUGACCUGUGGGAUGCCGAGGUGAGGGCGUUAGCUUCCUGGAAGGCCAAAAGGGCCAACCAGAAUAAGUUUAGCUUAACUGAGGAUGAGGAGGAGGAAGUGGGGAGGUUGGUGAGGAAGAGGGGGGAUGUGUUGAAUAUCAUGGACCUCACCAGCGCAGCAUGCAUAGAGGCUGCUGAGCUCUAUGGGCCAAGCGCUCUGAGUGAAGCUGACAUGAAUCAAUUUUUGAACACUGUUGGAGGGAAGGCCAUCCCCAAGAAGCCAAGGAAGAAGUCAAGGACUUUACCUAAGCAAGUGGAUGAGGGGAGAACUGGGAAGGAGGUGGUGCCUACUGCUUCAGCUGAGACGGGGGAGGAGGUGCCACCGCUGAAGAGAAAGGGUUGGGAGGAGAGGAAGGCACUGGAGAAGAAGAAGAAGGUGGUGGAGGAGGGAAGGGAGGAUGAGCCUGCGAGGUGGUUCAUCAACAACACCUUCCCCGAAGUGGAUCAGAGCAAGGCGCGGGAGGAGGCUCUGAGGUAUGGUGGAGCGUUCGUGAUGAGGCACGCUCUAGAGAGGCAGUAUGACCAGCUGCAGAAGGAGAAGGAGGAGCUGGAGAAGAAAAAUAAAGAGCUGCAAGAGUCUCUGGACGAGGUGGUUCCAACUGUGAAGCAGUUGGAACAGGAGAGGGCUUCCCUGGGCACCAAGCUCGGCUUUGAAGAGACCAAGCGAAAGAUCUCUGAAAGCGAGCGUGAGGCUCUGGCGCAAGAGUUAAAGCUGACGAAGGAGGCUUUCUUGGAGCUGAAGGGGAAUGUGCAGACCUUAGUGCACAAUGGGAUGAAGGAGCACAUCGGCAACUUCAUCAGCUCCAACUCGUUUGACAACAUCGUCAACCUCUACCGAUUGCCAACUGCCAUCAUUGCCUUCACGGACUGCAGAAAGAAGGUGAAGACUGUUUAUCCCGAAGUGGAUGUUACAAGGAUAACCUUCGGAGAGCAAGAAGCUGGAGUGGAGGAAGAUGGUGAAAUGGAAGAAGAAGAAGAGGCAGAGGUAGAAAGAGGCGGGGUGGAGGCAGGAGCAGAUGGAGCUGAAGUGGAUAAACGCCAACCAGCACCAGAAGUGGAGAUUCAUCCAGUUCCAUCUGAUGAUGAUCAGCCUCCUCUGCCAGACGAGCAGCAGCCAAGACAGCCACCUCUUCCAGCUGAAGAGGAGCCAGUGGAGCCACCUCCUCCAGCAGAGAAUUAAUUUUGUUUUGUUGUUUUUAAUUUUUUGUAGAACAUUUAAACAGUUUGUAACACUUUUAUUACAUUAAAUGAAAUUAUGUAUUUGUUUAUGUUUGGUUUAUAUUUUUGUUAUGUUUUAUGAAUGAAAGAACUAAGAGUAC